CUUCUCACCCGCAUCGAUUCCUCUUGUUUGCGACAGCACCCUUGCACGACCACAUAUUAACGGACACAGGAUAGAUUGUGCAGGCAGUACUACAGCAGCAAUGGCCGCGCCUGUCGCCGCAGACAGCGACCUCAUUAAUUUCGACAUAAUAGAAACCCACAAGGAAAACAUUCAAUCUCUCCCCGGCGGCCGAUCGGUCAAACAGCUCGCGUCGAUACUGUCACCUCUUCCCUCCUCGAGAACGUUAGGUUCAGGUGCGCCUCCGACGUUAGAAGAGACAAAAACACUCAACGACGCCAUUAGACAGGAAUAUGAAAUCGAACUCCAAUCAAUAGCAGAUUCCGACGACCCCCUCGACAUCUAUGACCGAUAUGUCAAAUGGACGCUCAAUGCAUACCCAUCGGCUCAAGCAACGCCUCAAUCCCAGCUCCUUCCGCUACUCGAGCGAGCCACAAAGGCUUUCCUUACCUCAACCCACUACAAAAAUGAUCCACGCUACCUGAAAUUAUGGUUGCAUUAUAUCCGCCUGUUCUCAGAUACGCCUCGGGAGACGUUCGCGUUUCUCGCUCGACAUGGUAUUGGCGAGGGGCUCGGGUUGUUUUAUGAAGAAUUUGCGGCAUGGUUGGAGGCCGCAGGGAGAUGGGUACAAGCGGACGAAGUAUACAAGCUGGGCAUUGAGCGCGAAGCCAGGCCCACGGAAAGGCUGGCGCGGAAAUAUGCUCAGUUCCAACAACGAUUCGAUGCCAGGCCGCAAGUCGACGAUGAACCUAGCUCCCCUGCACUGCCCACUGUUCGGCCGGCCCUUGCGGCCAAGAUUGAUCCCUUUGCCUCCGCUCACCGAGGUGACGAUCCCCAAGUCGCUCGUCAACGGAAUGGGCUAGCUGGCAGCUCCGCGCCAGCCUCGCGCUCGGGCAAACCGAAGAUGGCCAUCUUUUCGGAUGUUGAUAGUGCCCAGCAGCAGCCACUGGCCGCAAAUAAUACGAAAGGAUGGGACAGCAUCGGCUCAAUGAAGGAACGCAAGAAGGAGAACACCAUUGAGGCUCGAUCAUGGGCAGGAGAGAAGUUGAAGGCCGGAGGCAAAGUUGGAUCGGUGCCAAAAAUGGAGAUAUUCAAGGAUCCGGCAUCGCGAACACAAGGACAGCCCAAGCGAUCCUUACCAACCCAAGACUCACAGCAACCGCAUCAAGUCGUCAAUCCGCGCACCGGUCGAGCUGAACGAGUCUUUGUGGACCUUGAAGCCAUCUACCCUGCAGACACGGAUCUGGAAUUCAGUUUCGAAGAACUCCGAGCCAUGUCACGAGGCUGGGCUCAAAGGGACUGGAGGCCACAAGAAGCAACCCCAUUGAGGGCGACCGCCGGGAACACGGUCGCAAAUGCGAAGUCGAAGGUGACCAAGUCUCGGGAGCCCGAGGACGUUGAGAACCUCACAAAGUCGUUCGCCGAUAAGGUCGACCUGAACAACGGUGCAAACUCGACCCUCAGUGUUCAUGAUGUUUCGACCCAAUCUAUGGUCGGCAUGCCCGAGUCAGAUUCUCAAUUGGCAACAAAGCCACCAAAGCAGAAGGAGAAGAAAUUGAAGAUUCGAGAAGUCAAACAGGAGACGCAGACGGUCAAGACUCGACUGGAAUCGCCCACUGGCAAGAAGUUGAAGCGCAAAAACUCAUCGCAGGAGCCAACCAUGACUUUUCACUCCAAGGCUGCGACGAACGAGAUAUACGACAUGUUUAACCAGCCACUCCGUAGACCAACAACCGCCAGAGACGACACCCAAAGUGGUGAUGAAACCGAUUUCACCGAGGGAGAGGUAGAUGAUGGGUACAGCACUGCCGGUGACGCCGAGAGCACUGACACUGGCCGAGUGUCGGCACCUGGUAGUGAAUACGGUGACGAUACAUUGGCGUCGAUGAGAAGAAAUCAAACGCAGAGUCAAAGCCAGUCUGAGAGCGUCUCUCCUUGGUCCGACUUCACUACUAGCAAACACGUGCCACGUCUUGAUUCAGCACAACUCGCUAGUGUCAAGGACAAAGCACCCUCAGUCAAGAAUCACAGAAGAGUCAAACACCACAAAGACCGGUCGGAGGACAUGACUGAGAGCAUGGACUCGUCCAGCCAAAACCAGACGCAGAGCUCUGGCUUCGGAGCGUUUGACACUCAAGCGAUUGCUGCCAUCGCCGAGGGCAACUUUGACGAUCUAGACACCAAAGCCAUUGCCAUGAUGGCUGGUGACAUCGAUGAGGGUGUGGCAGAUGCUGGAGAUGUUGACAUUGAGCAGGACGUCACCGUCGCCACGUCCAUCAACCACACCACACCGGUGGAUGAGAAGGCGCAACACUUAGAAGCAUCUGACAACCACGCCGGUGCCGAUGAUGAGGCCCUGGCUACCCCGAUUGACGACGAGUUCGCUGAACACCGAGAGAUCUCACAUAAACCUCGUUUCAUCCCCAUUCCACCCGUCGACUAUGAGCCGACCCCGAUUCGACCUUACCGUGACCCGGCGAUGCUGGCACAGAACAAGAUGCCAUUUAUGACACCAAUCGCAGAGCGAACUGAAUCUUCACUUGCCCCUUCGACUGUCUUCAAUGUUCCCGGAUAUUUUGAGUCUAAAACCCCUAGCAGGUCCCAAUAUGAGAGCCCGUCAAAGAUUGGUGUUGAGGAUCUUUUCCUGAGCAGCCCUCAACAGCAGAUCACGACGCCAACGUCUGGUUCCCCGGCGCAGAAGAGGAAAUACGGCGAAAGCGGUGCGACUGAAGAGGAGCUCAUCACGUCGUCGCCACAGAAGAAGGGUCCCAGCAGGACCGACCUCAACUCCUCGCCCGUUGCUCCCUCGAGUACGAAUAACGAAGCCUUCAAGACUCCUGCGUUGCCGUCGAAGCCGAUUAUCAGAUCACCCCUUUCGAAAAUUCACAAAGGACCCAUCAUUCCAGACUUACAAUGCAAUCCAUGCGAUGACGCUGUUCGACAGCAAAUCCUCGGCUCAGUGUAUCCACCGCUAUCCACGCAAAAGGGAUAUCAUGAUCAUUCGAGCGUCGACUUUGGCCGGUACUCGGCCCUGAAGUCUUACGCGGAAAAACAGGCCAAGGCAAAAGCCAAAUUCAGUCCGAGAAAGAGUCAGAACGACAAGCCUCCGAGUAAAGCGGUUCCUCCUGUCCUCAAAUUUAGUGAAACAAGCCGAGUUUACGCAGUCAAGAGAGAGCUGGGCGAAGGGGCAUUUGCGCCGGUGUAUCUGGUCGAUAGUUACGACCCAGCUGAGAAUGAAGAGGCAGACGAGAACGACAAGGAGAACAAGAGCCCACCGUCAUCUCACCCUGCCGAUGCAUCCCGUCAGGCACUGGAAGCUCUCAAGACCGAGUCUCCUCCCGGCACAUUAGUCUGGGAAUUCCACAUCGUCCGACUGAUCAAGCAGCGCCUCGGGUCCGCCGCGCGAAGCAUGCAAUCAAUCAUCCUUGCUCACGAAUGCCAUCUUUACCGCGAUGAAGCGUAUCUGGUGCUCUCGUACAGUCCGCAAGGAACACUGCUUGACUUGGUUAAUAUGGCGCGGGCGGAGAGUGUCAAAGCGGGCAAGCCGGCUGAAGGGUUAGACGAAGUGUUGGCCAUGUGGUUCAGCGUCGAGCUCCUGCGAACCAUGGAAGACCUUCAUCGCGUGGGCAUCCUCCAUGGCGACUUGAAGGGCGACAAUUGCCUUGUCCGCUUCGACACCACCGUAGAUCUGACAGCGCCAUUCGAUCCGGAGGGAAAUUACGGGUGGCAGUCUCGGGGGUUGAGAUUGAUCGACUUUGGCCGCGGAAUCGACACUCGGAUGUUCAAGCCCAACGCGCAGUUCAUCGCCGACUGGCCCUCUUGUCCUCAGGACUGUACCGAAAUCCGCGAAUGUCGACCGUGGAAGUGGCAGAUUGACUACCACGGGGCUGCGGGGGUGAUCCACUCGUUGCUGUUUGGGAAGUACAUCGAGACGGUUCCGGCGGGAGGCAAUGGGCUGGCAGGUCCAGGGCAAAAGAAGGAAUGGAAAUUGAAGGAGAACCUCAAGCGGUAUUGGGAGAAGGAUGUUUGGGGAGAUGUGUUUGCGACACUGCUGAACCCCGGCUGCUUGGCUGAUGGGGAAGAGAUGCCGAUCCAGGGCAAUUUGAAGAGGGCGAGGGUGAUGAUGGAGCAGUGGCUUGUGGACGAGGGCGAGCGAGGUGGUCGGGAUCUGAGGGCGAGCUUGAGACGGAUGGAACGCUUGGUUUGCGCCAAGUAGGUCAUCGACCAGGUGUUGUGUUUUCAUUUAUUCCACCGGUCCCAGGGCGCCGGCGCGUCUGGGAGAUAUUGGAUGGCCAUAACUGAGCGAGGCGUUGGGGAGCUUGUUUUUCGGAUACACCACACAAUCAUGCAGAGUUGGACAUGGGACCAUCUUCUCGGAAAGUCACGAACGGGCAGGUAUUUCUCGAGAGACAUGGAUUUGCGGACGGCGCAUGGCACACAGAUCAACAUGUUAUCGCGCAUUCUGAGCGAAUUGGACAAUGAUAAAUGACAUGAAAAUGAG